AUUGUGUGUCAAACCUGGUAGAACUGUCAACAAAUUACAACAAAAAAGUGGUUUCGUGCGUCCAUUGUUAAAUUUAUUGCUAAAUUUACUCUUUUUUGCGAAUUAACUCGGUCGAAAUAUAGCUACAAUCAAUGUGAAAUAGUCCUCGGACACCAUGGAAGCGGAAGCGAAUCCUGCGAAAGCCAAUCUGGAGCCACGGUGUCGUCUGUGUCUGCAGUGGAUCGAACUCGACGACGGUCUGAUCCGGCACGGGGACAUUUUCGCCUCUGGCAAUGGUCUUUCUCUCAAGAUACGCGACUGCGUGGGGGUAUUUGUUGCGCCAGAAGACAGCAUCCGGACGAUCUGCUACAAUUGUCAGCAAACAGUUUGUCUGAUCGACGACUUCCGGAUGUUGUGCCGCCAAACGGAAGAGAUCUACGAAUCGGUAAGAAUCUGUUGCAAAGAGGGGAUCAAAUGGGAUCGCUAUAAGGAGCAUGUAGACGAGCUGCGAUUACUGCUGCAGGAGCACAAGGAUGUGAUAAACGGGCAUUUGGUGGAGUAUGACUCGGAACCGGAAGCGAAGGAUGAAAAUUCCAUAUCGAAUGCUUUCGUUCCUAUGAUGGAAGUCAAAGAGGAACUCGAGUAUGACGAAGAGUGGGAACCCGACCCGAUAGUUGGAGAGUUUUUGGAAAUCAAGCCCGAAUGUACUGAUGAAACCGAGCCAGAAGAGAAAUUAAAUACAGAUGACGAUGAAGAUAACAAUAAAAGUGGGCAUGAAUAUCAUAAAACGAUCCCCAUUAAGCUGAAGCUUGCCCUUGCCGAAGAGGUAUUGAACAAUCCAGUACUUUGGGACACAUCCCAGGCGAGAUCUGCGAAAAAUGUAGGUAAUAUUUGGAAGGAAAUCGCCACGAAGUUUGAUGUGGAUAAGAAAACAAUAAGAGCCCGUUGGCGAACGUUGAAGUCUUUCUAUCAGCAUAAUCGUGUUCGUAAAGCAGAUCGACAUAAUACUAAUGCAAAGUAUCGCAAAUUCAUGGAAACCAUGCGCAGUAUUAUAGGACCAGCUGGCGAAGACGACAACCUUGAGGAGACAGAAAAGCCACAGGAAACAUCGUGUGCUUUAGAUCAGUCUUCCGAAAAUACUCCUAUCCCCAAAGGCAGGGUCAAGAAAGCGCCGCCUCUGUCCCUUCAUAGCCUCAGCAAGAGGAUGCAAUUGGCUCAGUUGGUGCACAAACAUCAAAUGCUCUGGAAUCGGAAACAUACUGACUUUGCUUCUGCCUUCGCGAAAGAGGAAACGUGGGGCACCAUCGCCCAACAGAUGAAAAUAUCUCGCGAAGAGGCCAAAUAUGCGUGGAAAAACUUACGGGAUUUGUACCGAGGUCGAAUGAAACGCGUGCUCAAAGGACAGUUGGAUCGCGACGCUCGGAUUUUGAAGGAUCCGCUCUUCAAGUUGCUCGACGUGAUGUGUGCGGAUAAUAUGCGAAUCAGCACGGCUCCGACGGUUGCCAGUAAAUCUUUGGUUACGAACGAACCGGAUUCGAACGAUACCACAGAGGCACUGGAGGAAGAAAGCUUUCCCCAAACCAGCAACCAAGAUGAGUCGGAUGGCGAAUCCGAAAGAGAGCUUGACUGUAGCAUUGAAAUCAAGGAGGAAACUAUAUCGAGCUCCGAUCAAUCCAGCUUCGAUUUGCAGAUUGCGUUUGCUGAGGAGAUACUGGUACGCCUGAAUGAGAGCUCUCAAGUCGAUGAAGCAAGUUUGUGCAAGGAAGUUGGCAAACAUUUGCAGCUGUCCCCUGCCACUGCCAAAGCCCGCUGGAACGUGAUGAAGCAGAAUUACAUCGACAAUAGGGCACGGGCUAGUUCUGCUGGGCUCCAGACGCGUCUCCGGUUACAGGAUUGUGCACUGUUCAAUCUCAUGAAUCAGAUUGUUCCGAAGCUGGACCAUAUGGAACCGUACGUUGCAGAGGAAGAAAAGACAACUGUGGACCGGAGGAGACUGCCGGUGGAAUCAAAAAUUGCCAUUGCUGAGGAAAUCAGACGGAAUCCGGAAAUAUGGAACACGUCAAUGGCUUGUUCUUCGGGCACUUUGGAAAAAGUCUGGAUAAAAGUUGGCAACAAAUUCCAAAUGGAUGCAGACACUAUUCGCAACCACUGGAGAGCGCUACAAGGGCUGAGUCGAACCCACGCGAGAAAAGAAAGAAAAGGCUGCACCCCGAGUAAAGACAAGAAAUUGUGCAAAUUGCUCGGAAUAUUGCGUUCUAUGAAAUAUCAAGCAGAUGGUCAAAAUGAAAACCCAGAAGAAACUAUCGUGGCAAAGCAAGAAUCGAACAGUGAUGAAGAAACUGAUAUGCCAGCAGCAAAAGAUGAAAGUCAGCCCAAAGAUAAUAAACCUCCAAAAUUAUCAGAUCUGGCUUUGGGUUCUGAUGCCAAGAGAAUGGAUUUGGCGCAGUUUGUGCACAAGCAUGAAUUUCUUUGGAAUCAUAAGCACCCGGACUUCGGCAACAUUAUUCUGAAGGAUCAAACAUGGGAUAUAGUUGCCGCAUCGAUGAAUGUCACGCGGGACGAGAUCAAAUACGGGUGGAAAUGUUUGCGCGAUCUGUACCGUGGUCGAAUUAAACGCGUUUUCAACGGCAACUUGCCCAGCAAUGCUCCACUUCUACAAGAUCCGCUGUUCAAACUGUUGGAAGUGAUGUGUGCGAAAAAUAUGAAAAUUGGUGCACAUUCAGCGAUUGUAAAAGAUCCUAAAUCAGCAGUUAAGAACGAAUCCGAAUCAAACGAUGCUGGUGAAGAGCCAGAAGAUGCAUUUUCUGUCAAGUUCGAUAGAAACGUAAAGUUGCAACUAAUUUCACUGGUUGAGCAAAAUGAUCUCAUCUGGAACAGCGAGAAUCCAGAGCAUUUGAAUUUGGAUAAACGAGACCUCAUUUGGGAUACAAUCGCCGAGAAAAUGAAUUUUUCCAAGGCCACCGUUAAAGCGCUGUGGACCCGCUUGAGGAACGUCUACCGUGGCCGGAAAUUGCGACUGAUGAAAGGUCUAAUGAGGCAAAAUAGUCCACUUUUGCGCGAACCGGUGUACGCGAAGCUCCACAAGCUACUGGAUGGGCACAUGCAGUUGGGUAAAUUCACCAAAACGAAGAAACCGGCUUUGCGGAAGGGUACCGAACCGAUGGAACUUGGGGCUGCCGUUGAGACGGGUCCGUUCGCCACGAUGGAAGAAAAGGUCAGACUGGUGGAGGAGGUGAUCAAGCACGAGCUGCUGUGGAAUAGCAACCAUGACGACUUUUUCAAAUCAGACAAGCGGGGUGCGGCUUGGGGUCAAGUCUCUGCAAUGUUCGAAAACUGCGAAGAUCACGAAGUUAGAUUCAUGUGGCGCAAGUUGCGCGACAUGCAUCGGCCACGCAAAACUGGUAAUUCGUGCAAAACAGCUGAAGAAGAUGAUGAGGAUGAGCAUUAUGAUACCGGCAACAAUCCAUUGUAUGAAUUGUUCUCCAAAAUGGCUGAAAAAUUGAUCGCCAAUGACGACUCUUCGCAAAAGCCUCCAAAGGUUGGAAGGCAUAAACUACAGGAAGUUACGGAAGCAUUCAUGACCCACAAGUGUCGCUACGCGGGGAAAAGGUUUUUCAAUGAUGAAGGUUGCAUCAAAUUACGAAAAGCAGGAUGCGUGCGGUAUGUUAGGGUCUGCGAGUUAUGUGGAAAGCAAAUACAACGAUCGAUGUUCGAGGAGCACAUGAACCAACACACUGGCUUGAGACCGUACGGGUGCUCGUACGAUGGUUGUGAUAAGCAUUACAGCAAAAGAAUUACUCGGGACAAACACGAGCUUUUGAUCCAUCGCCAAGAUAACUUCAAAUUCACGUGCGAUCUGUGCGAGCAGAAAUUCAAGUACCGAAGCUCGUACAAUUAUCAUAACGCGGUCAAGCACCAGAGCCAACAGAUUCCUUGUCCCAUAUGUGGAAAACUCCUGCGCCAUCCGCGUAUCAUGAGAGAACACGUAAAGCGACAUUCCAGCCAGUUUCCUUGCCAUGUUUGUGGCAAGGUAUUGCAAAAGAAGUAUUCCCUGACCAUUCACAUGCGGACGCAUACCAAUGAGCAGCCGUACCCGUGUAAGCUCUGCACCAAACGGUUUAUGCUGAAGGUGCAGCUGAAAACCCAUCUGUCGAGGGUUCACCGACUGGCGUGGGAACAAUACGUUGGAACAUACGGCGAUGGUCAGGGAUAGAGGAUGCUACUUGAAUUUUCCAGCAAAUCUCGAAACCCAAGUGAAAUAAGAUAAUUAUAAUCCAUAAUGCUUUGCAACUCAGCUGGAACUUAAUAAUUUAAUAAAUAAGAGAAUAAUGAUUUCAAGUGAACAAUUUUGGUGGAGUUUUCAUGUAGUAUUUUUAAUUCUAAGUACAGUAAAGUGCCGUUGUUCGGCACGUUUCCGACAACUAAACGACAAAUUGCAUUAAAUUGGUCACCUGCAUAAAGUGUGUGUUUAUCAAACUUAGGUAUGUUGAUCAAUAAUACAGGUAUAUUCAAUUUCUUGGAACUUUAUAAGAAGGCCUCGCUUGUUCUGAAUUACCGUAAAGUGCCCUAAUUCCGCGCUACUUUUCCAAAACAUCAAGAAUUAGUUGAUCAUUCACUGAUUACUGCUUUUCAGGGCUAGUAGCGACUGAGUUUCUCAAAUAUAGGUAGGAACUUUAAAAACCUCACGCUACAAAAAAGUAUCCAAGAGUACUAAAUAAAAGAACAAUACUCCGAAAA